AUGUUGGCCGGCCUCCAGCACGAGAUCAACUCUUCGAAGGAUCCCCGGGCGGCCUGUUUGUCGAUUCUCCGUCGACUCAACGUAGAGCACAGCGUCUACGGGGACAUCAUCAAUCGAUUGUACGCCUGGACCAUCAGCCAGAAUAUCCUUACUUCCCAGCACGUGCAAAUCCACGAUCGCCAGUUGUUUGAUGCACUGGAAAGGCUCAAGAAACGGCGAGAAGAGGUGGCGCACACUAUCAAGGAGGACUCGGUCGCAAGCGUGUGGGGUGUUGAGUGGUACCGGACUUUGGGAUACAAGAACGUGCCAGGAAAGGACAUCCUUGGUUUGUGCGUGACACUCUCAACCCCGCCCCUAUCGCUCAAGAUGGAAGAUGUGUUGCACCGAGCGGCGGUGAUCCGGGCGAAAGACCCCCCACCUGUACGCGGGCGCUCCCAAAAAGAAGUAGAGUCGCGACCCACCUUCAAGCACUUGGAGCGAAUUCGGGAUGAGGCCUAUCUCGAAGCCUCGAUACCGUUGAAACCGACGACUUCACAGCCGGAGGCCUUGAAUCGGCGGUCUGGGAUCCCGAAGUCGAGUCCUGCUGCGGGUGUGACGUACCCAAAGGAUCCAAUCGCUUCGGAGGAAGCGCUUGUUGGUGAUCUUAGGGGGAUCUCGAACUCGACGAACUCGACUACUUCGCCAUCGAUGCACGACGUUAUCGCACGCCGCACCACACGUCAGACCACACGUCAAACCGCACGCUCCACCCAAAGUCGUGUCUGUCCCUCUGACGUCGACGCUUUCGAUAUCGACGAGCCCGACACUGAUGGUCUCAAUACCGACGACUCCGACUUCGAGUUCGACUCUGACGAAUCCGAACAUGUCGAGUCAACUCAUGUCGAGACGACCGGAGGCCCAACGGCCGCACCUUCCAAAUCCGGCCGAGAGACCGUUGAACCUCGCCGAGAGGUCCGGAUCGCCUCUGACGGAGUCACGACCACCACGGUGAUUCACCUGCCUUAUACCCUGGCGGAAAUUGAGCAAGACGCGAAUGGAUUCGAAGAUGAAACCACAGAGCAACCCGACUAUUCCGAGUUGGAACCCAUCGACGGCGAUGUCUUGUUCCUUACUUCCGACGGGAAGACCCUUGGGGACAAAAGAUCGGCGAAGGUUGACACGACCAAAAUCGCCUCGGGUUUCGAAGACAUGAGGAGGGUUUUCGCGAACAAGAGGCAACGGGCCAGAGUCAUGACUACCGCCCUUCCGGUUCCCGAGGAACACGAUUAUCGACACCAUGCCCUCGAUGAAAUGCGACGGCUCUACCUUCCCUCUCGAUGCGGCGUCUUUCACUUUUGCUAUCGGAUCCCCCUAGGACAAAAACCUGAGACCAUCUGCCUAUCUUCCGACAUGACCUCCGGUUGCUAUAAAGCCGAUGCCGUUUGGCGAUUUCUGGAAGAUUGUUGGGGAUUUCAGCAACAAGCUACCGACGCCAUUCGUUCCAUCGACCCUGAAUUAGCUCAGCGGAGUCAGCGGGUCAUCGACAAAGUACGACAGUGGUGCAAAGCUUUCCAGAUCUUUGGUCCUACCCUCUUUCUCGGCAUGGCGGUCCUUCAUAACGUCCGGGUGCAACGACAUUUAGAUCCUGGCGACGACAAGCUCGGUUUGGUGGCUAUGACCAACUGGGGUAACUACGAUGGAGGCGAUCUCAUCCUUCACAUCAUGGGAAGGCCUUACCGUUUACGAUACCGGGCGGGAGAUAUGAUCACCUUCCGAUCCGCCAUCGUCAUGCAUGAGAUCAUGCCGUUCCAGGGGGAGCGUUCGGCGGUAGUCCUGUUCUCCAAGAGCAACGCGUUGGCUUUUGUGGAGCGCACCCACGAGCGUCCGGUUAACCCUGUGAUUCCUCUGGCCGAUACUUUAGACACGGACGAGGAGGCUGAGCGUGCUGAGCUCCUAGCGGCAGAAGAUCGAGACGCGCGACGAAGGGAUGGUCAAGAGGGAAGAGCGCGCAAGAAAAGGAGGGGUUGCGGAGCUUAG